CCCAACUCCGCCUCGUACGCUGUCAGCAGUGAUGCCCUGCGAGCAGCCCACGUCGCUGGCUUUCUGCCCAGAGGACGGUCAGUAAGCGAGGCCGCGCGAUGGAGAGGCAGCCAAACUUUCGGCAGCAAUAAGACUUUGCAUCGAGUCCCGGGCAAGAUGAGCCUUCGCAUCUUGCUCUUGGCAUCCUUGGCACCCAUCAUGCGCACCCAAGGAGUCACAGAACAACGUGUUGAUGUGCAGUUGGAAGUGGAAAACUCUACUACCCUCCAAAUUGAGUGGGAUUCACAUCUGUUUUCCAUAUUUGAAUGUGUUCUCCUUAUCUUUGUAAAAGGAAGGAAGGAAGAUGAAAUAUUCCUAUUGCCAAGAAAUGGAAGCCUGAAGCUAACAGAUCGAAAACCUGGGACACUUUACACCAUCAGCUUGACCUGUUUUAAUGAAGAGACGGUUCUCAAAUCUUCGAAUGUCUCCAUUGAUACAGGAAUAGAGCCAAGUAUUCAACCUUUAACCUCACAAUCCACAUCAAGAACAAAGGCACAGUCCGAUUCUGAUGGUCGCUGGAACCAUGCCAAGCUACUCAGCUCUGAUGUGCUGACUGGAGCUGUGUUUGGUUGCAUUGGUGGAGUAAUCCUGAUGUACCUGUCCUAUUCCUUUUAUAAAAAGUGGAGACGAGAUGAGCGAUUACGGGCAUUUCUAAGACUCCAUCGAAAUGCAGAAGUUGCCCCUUACUUUAUUUUUGGCAUGAAUGACGAAAAUGCUGGGUGAACCAUCAGGGAUUGAUGCACACAAUAACUUUGAUGCCUUAUUUGCACGUUAGAUUUUUUGAUUGUUAUUUUACUUAACAGAGCGGGCCUGUUCUUCAAAACUGCACAUACCGUAAAAUAAACGAAGUGCCUAUCUAUGUGUCAGCAUAGUGAAUCAGCUAUCAUCCAGCAUAACCUUUUGAAGACUGAUUUUAUUCAUUUCCCGAUUGAUGAUAAAUUUUGUACUGAGAAAUUUCAUCUUUUUAAGUAAAAGGUUUCUUUCUGUUGAGAAUUAGAACAACUGUUGUGAGUCAUUUUUGCUUCUCAAUCACACCCUUGAAACUUAGUUCCACUGUAUUCAUUCAAAAUGUGUUUCAUUUCGAUUAUUCGACCGUAAUUCAAACCUACAGUACUGUGCAAAAGUCUUUGGCACAUUUAUAUAUAGCUAGGGUGUCUAAGACUUUUGCACAGUUCUGUAGGAAUUUUAUGUAUUGCACUGUAAUGCUGCCACAAACAAAAGACAUAUCUCAUGACGUGUGCAUGAUGAUAAACCUGAUUCUGAUGUGGGUCUCUGUUGUGGACUGAGAGUGGAAAGGAGAGGGUUGGUUGAGAAAAGGGGAAGGGAGAGGGGAGGGAGCUGGAAGCACCAAAGAGACAUCCUGUAAUGAUCAAUAAACCGAUUGCUUGGAAUCAAAUGACCUUGCCUCAUGUCUCAAGAUUGGGUGUGUCUGCACCUGUGCCAACUCCCGUCCCUGGCACUCCUUCUCUGCCACCUGUCC